CCAAUUGAGGUUAACUCAACUUUGUAUGAUUUUUAUUUGAGGUCAAAACUUCCUCCAGAGACUUUGAAUCAAUUUUUUGUGAGUUCAGAUAAAGCAUCCAGUAGAUUGUGGACUGAAUAUAUUGUACACAUUGCCUGCCCUCCUGAGACCAGUGCCACCGAAGAUUCAUUCCAUGGGUUUUGGGAUGCACUUAUUGUCAAACCUUUUAAAAUUGGAUGUCCAGACGGAUUACACAAUCGAAACAUGUCUCGUCACACUUCCACAAGAAAAUAUAGACCCGAUCUUUCAUAUUUGGUGUUUGAUGCCUGUCUUGUGAGAGGGGAGGAAAAGGGACCUGAAACUAAUGAUGAUCCAGCAAUGGAACUAAUCUUGAAAUUAACAUGGAUGUACGGAAAUUGUCCCUACAUCUUUGGGUACUAUGCAAUUGCCACUAGGGUGACGUACUGCUAUUUGUAUCUUGAGGGAAACAGUAUUCAGCGGAAGGACUUGUUGACUUGUUUACUGGAUAAAGUGGAGGGACGCAUACAAGCCUUCAAUAUUGGAAGAAACAUUGGUCGAUUAUUACACUUACUUCGCCAAACUGUGCCAGA